AUGUCGAUGCUCAUGAUAUUGUUUUUCAUUAUAAAAAGAAAAAAGGAUUCUUUAGAUUUGAGGAUAGCAAUAUUAACUCUACCUACUGAUGGUAGUAAACCAAUUUCUAUCAAACUUGAACGAAAUGAUAUUCAAGAUUUGAUCAUCAAACAAGCACAUCAACUAGUUGAAAGAUUUGAAGAACAAAUGAUAAUUGUUCAAACACAAGUAAUGCAAAACUAUCGAUGUCAUUCUACUACUAAAGAUAUUGGUAAUGAUCAAUCAAAAGAUAAAUUAAAACAAAAAAUGACAUGGAAAAGUUCUGCUUUUGAUCCAACACUUGGUACUACUACUAGUAGUAGUGCUGGUUUUAAGAAUAUGCAUCAGCGAAUCAAGAAUUAUUAUAUGUUGGUUUGGAAAAUCUGUACUAGUUACACACCGACUGGCUAG